AUUUUGCUUCUCUGCAGACAUUCUUCGGACACAGGACUGCGACACUGUUCUAAGACCCAGACCGACUGAUUUCGGCACGAUUAUCUAAACAUGGCGAGUACUAAGGAUAACAGUACACCAAGUACAAGUAAAAGUAAAGUCGCCAGAAGCAAAUCCAUUGCAACACCCAAGGACACAAUGUCUACUGUUGGAGUUGACUCGAAUCAGACAAUGGCCAAAGAUGCAAGAGAGGACAGACGUAGCCUGAUAAACAAAACUCAUAAAUACUUUUUUAACUUAGUCUCCCACUUUCUGUGUAUUUCUAAUGACGAAGUGGAGGAGUUUGCGCUGGACGAAGACAUGUCUAUCAGAAAUUUAAAACAAUUUGUAGCUAAGGAUGAAACGUUGCUGUUGUUCCACUAUCAAAUUGGCAAUGCUUUGUCGUUUGAGGAUUGCGGUCGUUUUUACACAACUAUCGCGAAAGGAAGCACUGCGUUGAGAAUGUUUAUUUCUGAUGGCGAAGCGAGCGCAAUAGAAGGAAAAUGUGUUUACUUGCUGAAACGACAUUCCGUCCAGCUAGAAGACAAGAAUGUUUCUGAUGAAAUCAUAGUGGGUUCUUUCAACGUGCAAAAAGGACGUACGCUUUUGGGCGAACUAUCUGAACACGUUUCCAAUGUCUACCGACCCGCACUUCAAAGCUUAAAACAAUGGGGCAAUUUAAACAAAACUCCAAAAGAUGUAACAAAGUGCAGCUACAGCGAGCUUUUCGUAUCCAUUGAGAAUUUUAUUGAGCAUACACAAUGGGCAGAGAAGCAUGUCGUGGAAAUGGUUGAGUUGAGGACUCUGGACAAAGACAAAAUGUCGAUUCUUGACGACAUAUCCAACGCAGCUGAUUGCUUAGAAGCUGCACAAAGCAAAGCAACCGUGGCUCUUGCAGAAGAGAUAGUCACCCUAUGGUGCCAACAAGUAGAAAUGCUUCUCAACAACGCUGGCCGUAUAAGGCGUGAAGCUGAUGAUAUUGGCCCGAAGAAAGAGCUCGAGUUUUGGCUCGGCCGCACUGCCCACUUCAGUUAUCUGCUGCAGCAGAUCAGAGACGUCAGGGCACGCAUGGUGUUCCACGUGCUGCAGGUCUGCAAGUCGCCGGUGAUGAACCGCUGGAAGGAACUAGACAUGAAGGUUACAGACCAAGCCAACGAAGCCCGGGACAACACCAAGUACCUGUAUACGCUGGAAAAGUACUGUGAGCCUUUAUACAGAUGUCAGCCGGUUAACAUGCUGGAUAAGCUUUCUGGUUUGAUUGGAACCAUCCGUCUUAUUUACAAUUUCUCACCAUACUAUACAAGUACAGAUAAGGUAUCAAGCAUUUUUGUCAAGAUAACAAACCAGAUCGUCACAAGUUGCAAGAAUUACGUCUCUGACAAUGGUGCUACAAGAUUGUGGGAUAUGCCAAAGAACGAGAUAUAUGCCAGGCUUAAGCACUGUAUACGCCUUUUUGAAGCCUACAUCAAUAUUUAUAAAAUAACAAAGAAAAAAAUUGCAAAUGCACAUACCGAGCGCCCUUUCAAUUUCUCUGAAAUGUACAUCUUUGGGAAAAUCUACACCUUCAGAACUCGAAUCGAUAAGAUCAUUUGCCUGCUGGACUACUGUUCUCUGUUUGCCUCACUGGAUGCCUGCACCAUAGAGGGCAUUGAAGUGUUAGCCGCACGCUUUCACUCACUCUACUUCAACCUCAAGAAGAAAGGCUACGAUCUACUUAAUUAUAAAAAUUUGGCUUUUGAAGAAGACUUUGAGAAAUUCCAGGAACUAGUUGACGACCUCAAGCUACAGCUGAAAAAGUUUAUGAACACCACAAUGCAAAACCUAAAACAAAGCUCAGACAAGCUGGACAUGAUGCAAAGAUUCAGCAAUCUAAAUCUUGAUUUCUUAGACAUUGAGAAGGGGUUCAUGGAUAUAAUAUCUAUUUAUAAUGAAGAGUUGGACAAUCUUCAAAGUAUCUACGAGAGAGACAAAGAGGAUCCACCAAUUCAAUGGAACUUCCCACCCAUAUCUGGGCGAAUCUAUUGGCUGAGACAAUUGUUUACACACAUUGGCCAGCCAAUCUUCAGCCUACAGAAUCUGCGGCCGACUGUCAUGAAAACUCCCGAGGGAAAGAAGGCGACUUACCGCUACAACAAGUUUGCUUAUGUCCUCGCCAAAUGUGAAGUGUUGUUCCACAUAGCCUGGUUCCGUUCUGUCGAUGCAGCUUACAACUGUCUGCAGGUUCCCAUCUUGACCCGAGAUUCUCAGACACAUGGUCUAUUGAUCAAUUUUGACCCUUACGUUCUAGAGGUCAUUAAGGAAGCUCAGUACAUGGUCAAACUUGGGCUUCAAGUUCCCAGACAGAUCAUUGAGCUCAUUCAUUCCUGUCAAAAUAUCACAACCACUUACCGCAAGGUCCAGAUGAUGCUGCAGGAAUAUGCAACCUUGAAAGAAAGCAUCCCAGACAUGUUCGUGGCACUGCUGCAGCCAUCGUUAUUUAAGAUCGACAGCCUUAUAUUUCCCGCCCUUACCAGUAUCACAUGGACAUCUCUAGAAACAAACAGCUACUUCAAAGAAUUGGAUAAAGCAUUCGAUGAAUUCAAUCUAUUGAUCAAAACUGUGACUGAUAUCAAAUACACGCGCAUCGAUGCCAAACUGGCACAGAUAGCUGACACCCAUCUAUGUUCUCUUCCUUCCACCAAACCAUGGACAAUGGACGAAUUUUUACAAAAUACUCGGGAUAACACAAUGCAUUUAGGCGAUGAACUCAAUACGCUAAAUAAAAUGAUAUGUGACACGGUGUAUGAACUGUUAAGGACGUUUGUGAACAGUGCUGUUGUUGAAUAUAAAACAUUAGAGCGAAUGUACAACGAAGAGCAGCGAAUUGGUGAUACUGAAGUGACCAAAAGUAUGCACACAACACAUACUAUAGCAGCCAUAGCCACGCUGACAGAAACAGGGGAACAAGAUCGAGGCCCGUUACCGGAGGAUUUGAUGACGAGAGAGAACUAUGCUCAUUGCUGCUACAAUUUGUUCGAGGACUUCAAGUCUCGCAUGAUUGACGCUCUAGUCAAGUGUGUCAGGACGUCUUUAGCGGCAUUGAGGAAACGAUUUCUGGCGGGGAUGGCUCGUUCAGCCACACAAAGCUCACUUGGAGGUAUCCCUAGUGAAGAAGACAGCAAAGUUAUUUCAGGCCCAUUCUUCUCUGUAGAUGUUGAAUUAGCCAUACCUAAUGUGGUGACUAACCCCGAUAUCAGCAAGCUGGUGAACGCUCUCAACAAAGCUGUUAGUCAGAUCAUGGAGGUGGGGAAACGUGUGGAAAUUUGGGACCAGCCCAGUGUCGCCACGUUUUCUAAGCUGGGUGUCAAAUUAACUAAAGAAAUGAACAGCACAACGUUUGUGCUAAAGAAAAAUUGUUACAAAAUUAUUUGUGAAAACAAAGACGUGAUGAAAUAUCUAACUUUAGGGGCCAUCGCCUCCCCAGUAGGGGAUGAAAUAAAAAAAUCUAUGAAAAGGUUCUCAGAAUUUCAGUUUAUAUGGCAGGACGAGAGGGAAAAAGUCUUACAGGAGUUCAUGAGCACACAUCCAGAUGUUUAUGAAUUUAAAGAACAGUACACUCGACUGAGACUAAUAGAAGAGGAAGUUGCCAACAUUACAACUAACAUUGUCAUUGGUCCUAUUUCUUUAAACACAGAGCCUUUAAAAUUGGCCAUUCAAGUGGAGAUCGACGAAUGGAAGCGUGCGUACGGCAGGGAACUCAAUAAAAUCAUGAAACAAAGGGUCGACGAAAUGACCGAGUACAUGGCAAAUCAAUCAAAACUCUUGAACAAGCCUGUCAAAGAUUUAGAUGAUGUCCGGAUGGCUAUGGGUGGUUUAGCGUCAGUUAAGGAAAACUACAUUCGCAUCGACGAGGACAUGAUACCUAUUGAGGAAGCCUACGCCUUGAUGCUUAGUCUUGAAAUGCCUGUUCCUAAAGAAGAAACUGAUAAAGCAGAUUCACUGCGUUACACAUACGAGAAAAUGCUGGAGCAGUGUAGCCAGGUUACCGACACACUGAUUGAAGUACAACCGACCUUUAAAGAGGACCUUACUCUUGCUGUGGAAACUCUCAAAUAUGAUGUACUUUCCUUUGUCAACGAAUACGAUAAGAAAGGGCCAAUGGAAAUUGGAAUACCCCCGGCAGUUGCUAAUGAACGAAUGCAAAACUUUCAGAUGCAGUUCGACGACCUUUUCCACAAACACACCAUAUACUCACAAGGGGAAGACCUGUUUGGUUUGCCCAAGACGGAAGAGCCCGAGCUACACAGGGUGAAGAAAGAGCUCAAUCUCCUACAGAAGCUGUAUGGCCUCUACAGCAGCGUCAACACAAUCAUUGACGGCUAUAACGAGUUGAGCUGGGCUGAUGUCGACUGUGAAAAAAUAAACGCUGAGCUGACAGAAUUACAAAACAGAUGUCGCCGUUUACCUAAAGCUUUAAAAGAUUGGCCAGCAUUUAAUGACCUGAAGAAAAAAAUCGAUGACUUCAAUGAAACUGUCCCCUUGCUUGAAUUGAUGGCAAACAAGUCAAUGCAAGGCCGACAUUGGCAGAGAAUACAGAAUGUGGCCAAUUAUAAAUUUGACUUUGACGUUACUUCUGACCUACCCAUGGACCAAAUAAUGGAGAGUGUCCAUCUAAAGGACAUCAUGAGCGCUCCAUUACUCCCAGUCAAAGAUGAUGUGGAGGACAUUUGUAUCUCAGCGGUAAAAGAAAAAGAUAUAGAAGCCAAGCUGAAGCAAGUGAUGGGUGACUGGACCAACAGGACGCUGACAUUCGUGCAGUUCAAGAACCGUGGUGAGCUGCUGCUGAAGGCGGGCGACACCAUGGAAACAAUCAGUUCCCUGGAGGAUUCACUGAUGAUUCUCAGUUCACUUAUGAGCAAUAGGUACAAUGCUCCAUACAAACCAAAGAUUCAAAUGUGGGUUCAAAAUUUGAGCACUACAGCGGACAUUCUGGAACAGUGGAUUGUAGUCCAGAAUUUGUGGGUGUAUCUAGAAGCGGUGUUUGUUGGCGGCGAUAUUGCUAAACAAUUACCACAGGAAUCCAAACGAUUUGCAACUAUCGAUAAAUCCUGGCUGAAAGUCAUGCAAAGAGCUCAUGAAAACGACAAUGUCAUCGCUUGCUGUGCUGCCGAUGACACGAUGCAACAAAUAUUACCUCAUCUUCAAGAACAACUUGAGCUCUGUCAGAAAUCUCUAACGGGCUACCUUGAGAGGAAACGACUUCUUUUCCCAAGAUUCUUCUUUGUAUCCGAUCCAGCUUUACUGGAAAUUCUCGGCCAGGCCAGUGACUGUCAUACUAUUCAGGCUCACCUUCUCGGCUUGUUUGACAAUAUCAAGAGCGUGGAGUUCCAUGAGAAGGUCUAUGAUAUCAUACUCUCGUGUGUUUCCAGAGAAGGGGAAAAAAUUGAUCUGGAGAAUCCUGUUCGCUGUGAGGGUAACGUGGAACAAUGGCUGGACACGCUGAUGAACGAGCAACAGCACUCGCUACACAGCAUCAUACGAGAGGCGUACCGGGCCGUGUCUGCAGCAGAAUUUGAGUUGUACACAUUUCUCAACAAUUUCCCAGCGCAGAUUGGCCUAUUGGGUAUUCAGUUUUUGUGGACCAAAGCAUCAGAGGACGCACUUAAAGCUGCUAAGUUUGAUAAAAAAUUUAUGAUCAAUGCCAACAAUUAUUUCUUGACUCUACUAAAUAUGCUUAUUGGCAAGACAACUGAAGACUUGAAACCCAUGGAACGUGUAAAAUACGAGACUCUCAUUACCAUACAUGUUCACCAAAGAGAUAUUUUUGACGAUUUGACUAAACGCAACGUGAAUUCAAUGAGCAGUUUCGACUGGUUAAAACAAGUCAGAUCGUACUUUAACGAAGAGACUGAUUUGGCCCAUAUAGAUAUUACAGACGUAGUCUUUAUUUAUCAGAACGAAUAUCUUGGAUGCACAGACCGCCUUGUGAUAACUCCUCUAACAGACAGGUGUUACAUCACCUUAGCCCAGGCCCUCUGGAUGUCAAUGGGCGGCGCCCCUGCAGGCCCUGCUGGAACUGGGAAAACAGAAACAACAAAGGACAUGGGUCGUUGUCUGGGGAAAUAUGUUGUUGUAUUCAACUGUUCUGAUCAAAUGGACUUUAGAGGGCUUGGCCGGAUUUAUAAAGGUCUUGCCCAGUCAGGAGCAUGGGGCUGCUUUGAUGAGUUCAACCGCAUUGAGCUACCAGUUUUAUCCGUCGCCGCUCAACAAAUUUACAUUGUGCUCUCGGCAAAGAAAGAAAAAAAGAAAGAAUUUAUUUUUACAGAUGGUGAUCACGUGAAUCUGAACCCGGAAUUCGGGAUUUUUUUAACAAUGAAUCCCGGCUACGCUGGAAGACAAGAACUUCCUGAAAAUUUAAAAGUACAAUUCCGGACAGUUUCUAUGAUGGUUCCUGACAGACAGAUCAUUAUGAGGGUCAAGCUUGCUUCCUGUGGUUUCAUUGAUAACAUUGUGCUAGCACAGAAAUUCUACACCCUCUACAAACUCUGUGAGGAGCAACUAUCGAAACAAGUACAUUAUGACUUUGGAUUACGCAACAUUUUGUCAGUACUUCGAACACUGGGGGCUGAGAAACGGUCGAGACCAGAGGAUACAGAGAACACAAUUGUCAUGAGAGUUCUAAGGGACAUGAACUUGUCCAAACUGGUGGACGAAGACGAGCCUUUGUUUUUGAGUUUAAUAUCUGAUUUAUUCCCUGGAAUUAACUUAGACAGUGCAACAUAUGUUGAUUUACAAGGCUUUCUAAAAACCAGGAUAGAAGAGGCAGGACUUAUCAACUAUGAUGCGUGGAAUUUAAAAAUCGUUCAGCUUUUUGAAACUCAACGUGUCAGACACGGUAUAAUGACACUUGGUCCAAGCGGUGCUGGCAAAACCUGUUGCAUUCGCGUACUAAUGAGUGCUCUUAAAGACUUGGGAAAUCCUCACAGAGAAAUGCGUAUGAAUCCAAAGGCCAUCACAGCACCUCAGAUGUUUGGUCGUUUAGAUGCGGCGACCAAUGAUUGGACUGAUGGUAUAUUUUCCACUCUAUGGAGAAGGACACUAAAGGUUAAAAAAGGUGAACAUGUUUGGCUGAUAUUGGACGGUCCAGUUGACGCAGUGUGGAUUGAAAACUUAAAUUCGGUCCUUGAUGACAACAAAACUUUAACAUUAGCUAACGGUGAUCGUAUCCCUAUGGCUCCCACCUGUAAAAUCUUGUUUGAAGUUCAUAACAUUGAUAACGCCUCACCUGCCACGGUAUCACGCAAUGGCAUGAUUUUCAUGUCGUGUUCAGUACUUCCGUGGGAGCCAAUACUUCAAGGCUGGCUGUUAAAACGUUCAGCGAACGAGGCAAGUGCACUAGUACCUCUUUUUGACGCCGUGUACAGCGACACAGAACAUUUCGUCUCACUAAAUACAGAAGAGAAAAUGGAGCUUUUGUCUUGCAAUAAAAUACGACAAAUGUGUGACUUACUGGAAGGAUUGAUCCCGGCUUCAGUAGAAGAAAGAAAAAAUAUGAGUCCUAAACAUCUGGAACACCUUUUCCUAUUUGCUUUGAUGUGGAGUAGCGGUGCAUUGCUAGAAUUGGAUGAUCGUGUUAAAAUGCAAGAGUUUUUACUCAAACAUAAAUCUAAAUUAGAUUACCCCAAGAUCACUGGAGACGAGACUAUAUUUGAAUAUCUUGUCGCAUCCGAUGGAAAAUGGAUCCACUGGCGUAACCGAGUGGAGGAAUACAUUUACCCAUCCGACUCUGUUCCUCUCUUUACGUCUAUACUCGUGCCGAACGUAGAUAACGUCCGCACAGACUUUCUCAUUGAACUUAUUAGUAAACAAAACAAGGGUGUACUGUUAAUUGGCGAACAAGGGACAGCAAAAACCGUUAUGAUCUUAUCAGCAAUGGCCAAAGCCAAUCCCGAAGAAAGACUGAGUAAAAGUUUUAAUUUUUCAUCGGCCUCAACACCCGGUAUGUUCCAGAGAACAAUAGAGAGUUAUGUGGAGAAGAGGGUAGGAACUACAUACGGUCCACCAGGCGGAAAGGCUAUGACCAUUUUUAUUGACGACAUCAACAUGCCCAUCAUUAAUGAAUGGGGUGAUCAGGUAACCAACGAGAUAACACGACAGAUGAUGGAGAUGAAAGGCAUGUACAGCCUGGACAAGCCCGGAGACUUCAUCAACAUUGUUGACAUAACGUUCAUGGCCGCCAUGAUCCACCCCGGGGGAGGUCGAAAUGAUAUCCCUGAGAGAUUGAAAAGACAAUUUUGUACCUUUAAUUGCACACUGCCUUCAAACAACUCCAUCGAUAAAAUUUUUGGUAUAAUUGGCGAAGGAUACUUCUGCAGUUCACGCUUCGUGCCAGUGGUAGUUGAUCUGGUGAAAAUGUUGGUCCCUUGCACACGCUUGCUGUGGCAGAGAACAAAGUCAAAAAUGCUCCCCACGCCAGCCAAAUUUCAUUACAUAUUUAACUUGAGAGAUUUAUCCCGCAUAUGGCAAGGAAUGUUAUACAUUCAAGGAGAGGAGUGCAACAGUGCAAGGACGAUGAUCAAUUUGUGGAAGCACGAAGUUUGCCGUGUAAUAGAAGACAGAUUUGUGAACGAGGAGGACAAGGCUUGGUUUCAAAAGACCUUGACAAAUGUUAUCAGUGAAGAAGUUGGUGCCGAGACCGCUCAGCUAUUACUUUCAUUUCCUCAUUUCGUUGAUUUUAUGAGGGAAGCAAAAGAAGAAGUGGUAGCCGAUGACGAGGCCGGUGCAGGUGGGGGAGGAGGAGGAGGGGAUGAGGAGGACACCCAAGUACCUAAGAUAUAUGAAAUGGUUGAAGAUUACGACAUUCUUAAACUAAGAUUAAAAGCUUAUAUGAAGGAUUACAAUGAACAGGUCCGAGGGUCAAACUUGGAUCUUGUUUUCUUUAAAGAUGCUAUGAUUCAUCUGAUGAAGAUUUCACGUGUAAUUCGGACACCUAGAGGGGCGGCACUAUUAGUCGGAGUAGGAGGAUCUGGCAAACAGUCACUAACAAAACUAGCAUCCUUCAUUGCGGGCUAUACUUUUUUUCAGAUUACAAUCACUAAGGCUUAUAACAUAAACAACUUAAUGGAUGACUUAAAAUUUCUGUACCGUGUGUCGGGACAACAAGGCAAAGGAGUGACAUUCAUCUUUACAGAUAAUGAGAUCAAAGAUGAGAGCUAUCUAGAGUACAUUAACAAUGUUCUCAGCUCAGGCGAGAUUUCAAACCUAUUUGCUCGAGAUGAAAUUGAUGAGAUUUCGGGUGAACUUAUAGCUCCUAUGAAAAAAGAAUUUCCGAAGCGUCCGCCAACUCAAGAAAAUUUGUACGAGUAUUUUAUGUCGCGAGCUCGAUCCAAUCUGCACACUGUGUUGUGCUUUUCUCCCGUGGGAAACAAAUUCCGCAUGCGCUCGCUCAAGUUCCCAGGACUGAUAUCCGGCUGUACAAUGGACUGGUUUAGCAAAUGGCCUCGUGAGGCCCUAGUAGCUGUGGCCACCCACUUCCUAGGGCCGUACAACAUGGAGGCAACCAAUGAUGUCAAAGGGAAUCUAAUCGAGAUCAUGGGCACGGUGCACGAUGGCGUCGCUCUUGUCUGUAUAGAAUACUUUGAUAGGUUUCGGCGUCAAGCUAACGUAACCCCUAAAUCAUAUUUGUCUUUUUUGGAUGGCUACAAACAACUUUAUACAGCAAAGGUUGAAGAGUUGAAAGAACUAGAAAGAAAAAUGAAUGUUGGCCUUGAAAAAUUAGCAGAGGCCGCCGAAUCUGUGGAUUCAUUAAGUAAAGAGCUGAUUGUAAAAGAGAAGGACUUGGAAGUGGCAAAUAAAGCUGCAGACAAGAUCGUUGCCGAAGUUGCAGUUAUGGCAGAAGCUGCAGAAAAAGUAAAGGCCUCUGUUCAAAAAGUAAAAGACAGAGCUCAAUCCAUUGUGGAUGAAAUAGCAGCAGAUAAAGCUGUGGCUGAGGUCAAAUUGGAGGCUGCUAAACCUGCACUACAGGCGGCUGAGGAUGCUCUCAAGACAAUCAAGCCGUCGGAUAUUGCCACUGUGAAGAAACUGGGCAAACCACCGCAUUUGAUAAUGAGGAUUAUGGACUGCUGUCUCUUCUUGUUCAGAAAAAGAAUUGAUAAUUUGGAACCUGACCCAGAGCGACCGUGUCCAAAACCAGCAUGGCAGGAAGCACUUAAGCUCAUGGGCCAGAUGAGUUUUUUGCAACAGCUAAUGGACUUCCCGAAAGAUACAAUUACAGGAGAAACAGUUGAACUAAUGGAGCCUUACAUGCGGAUGGAAGAUUACACAUAUGAAUCAGCCCUCAAAGUUUGUGGUAAUGUCGCUGGUCUUCUGUCUUGGACAAACGCAAUGGCGUUUUUUUAUGGCAUCAACAAGGAAGUGUUGCCAUUAAAGGCAAAUUUGGUCAAGCAAGAGGCGCGUCUAAAAACAGCAAGCAAAGAAUUGUCGGAAGCUCAAGCGACACUUGACGAGAAGCAGGCAGAACUUAAUAUAGUUCAGGCCAAAUAUGAUGGAGCCAUGGCGAAAAAAAAGGCAUUAUUGGAAGACGCGGAGUCUUGUCGAAGGAAAAUGGAUGCUGCAACUAAUCUGAUUGGUGGUCUUGCCGGUGAGCAAGUCAGAUGGUCAGCUCAAAGCCUCGAGUUCAGAGAUCAAAUCACGCGUCUGACAGGGGAUGUUUUAACAUGUACUGGAUUUUUAUCCUACUCUGGCCCCUUUAACCAAGAAUUUCGAACUAAGCUUAUCAACAACUGGUCCUUCGAGCUGGCCAACCGUAAAAUUCCGUAUACAAAGAACAUGAAUAUAGUUGAGACUUUAGUUGACACAACAACGAUUGGAGAAUGGAAUAUUGAAGGACUUCCAAGUGACGAACUAUCAGUUCAAAAUGGGAUUAUAACCACUAAAGCAUCGCGAUAUCCACUACUUAUUGAUCCGCAGGGACAGGGGAAAACCUGGAUUAAAAGCCGCGAAAAGAAAAGACAAUUACAAGUUACAUCAUUAAAUCAUAAAUACUUCCGGCAACACCUAGAAGAUGCCUUAUCCCUUGGAAGACCUCUCCUGAUUGAAGAUAUAGAAGAAGACCUUGAUCCUUCCCUAGAUAAUGUUUUAGAAAAAAAUUUCAUCAAAUCAGGAUCCAUGUAUAAGGUUAAAGUUGGAGACAAAGAAUGUGACGUUAUGAAAACUUUUUACCUGUACAUCACAUCCAAACUGGCUAACCCAUCAUACACUCCCGAGAUCAGUGCCCGAACAUCAAUCAUUGACUUUACAGUAACUCAGAAGGGGUUGGAAGAUCAGCUUCUUGGACGAGUUAUUGUAACUGAAAAAUCGGAACUCGAAGAAGAACGAUCGAAACUUUUGCUAGAUGUAACAUUGAAUAGAAAACGAAUUAAAGAUUUAGAGGAAAAUUUACUGUUUAAAUUAACAAGUAUUCAGGGUUCUCUUGUUGAUGAUCCUACACUAAUUGAGGUACUGAAUUCCAGCAAAAAAACUGCCUCAGAAGUGAGCGAAAAACUUGCCGUUGCAGCAGAAACGGAAAUAGAAAUCAAUACUGCGAGAGAGGAGUUCAGACCAGUGGCUGCACGUGGAAGCAUUCUCUAUUUUCUUCUGUGCGACCUAGUCAUCGUCAAUAGAAUGUAUUCUAUCUCAUUGGCACAGUUUCUCGUCCUCUUUGAUAACUCCAUGCAGAGGUCAAAGCCUCAUCCUCAGACACAAAAACGAAUAUCCAAUAUAAUUGAAUAUUUAACGUAUGAAGUGUGGUUGUAUACAUCACGAAGUCUUUACAAUCAGGACAGACAACUGUUCACUUUACUGUUGGCGAUCAAAAUCGACCUGGCGAAAGGAAAUAUUAAAAUGCAUGAGUUUCAAGUUUUUAUUAAAGGUGGAGCUGCUUUAGAUUUAAACACUGUCACGCCCAAACCAGCAAAGUGGAUUUCUGAUAUAACUUGGCUCAAUUUGGUCAUGUUAAGUUCGUUGCCGGCUUUUACCAACAUUCUCAAUCAGGUAACCAACAGUGAUAGACCUUGGAGAAAUUGGUUUGAUAAAGCCGCACCCGAAGAAGAAGUAAUACCUGAUAACUAUAGCAACUCGUUGGAACCAUUUUUAAAGCUGUUGCUCAUCAGAUCUUGGUGCCCAGACCGAACAUCUGUACAAGCUCGCAAAUACAUCGCUCAUGCAUUGGGGAAUAAGUACACUGAAGCCGUUAUAUUGGACCUAGAAGCGAUGAUAGAAGAAACGAAUCCUAGAAUUCCACUCAUUGCACUAUUAUCAAUGGGUUCAGAUCCUACGAAUGAAAUUGAAACUCUUGCAAAGAAAAUGGAAAUUCCUUUUCAUGCAAUUUCAAUGGGCCAAGGUCAAGAAGUUCAUUCAAGAAAAUUAAUUUCGAAUUUUAUGGAAUACGGUGGCUGGGCACUUUUACAGAAUUGCCAUCUCUGUUUACUUUACUUAGAGGAGGUUUUGACCACAGUUUUGGAAACUGACCCCAUUUCACCCAAAUUUAGAUUAUGGAUUACUACAGAAGUCCAUAAUUCCUUUUCAAUCGGGUUGUUGCAGAUUUCCACAAAAUUUACAAAUGACCCACCUCAAGGAAUCAAAGCAGGAUUGAAAAGAACUUACACAUCUUUAAGCCAAGAAUAUAUUGACAUAUUUAACUUACCGCAGUGGCGACCUCUGCUUUACACUGUCUCAUUCCUACAUACUGUUGUACAGGAACGACGCAAGUUUGGACCAUUGGGUUGGAAUAUACCUUAUGAAUUUAAUACUUCUGAUUGGGGUGCUAGUGUGCAGUUUAUACAGAACCACUUAGAUGAUAUGGAUAUCAAAAGAGGCAUCUCCUGGCCAACUGUGCGCUACAUGAUUGGUGAAGUCCAGUAUGGUGGGAGAGUCACAGAUGAUUUUGACAAACGUUUGCUCAACACUUUCACAAGAGUAUGGUUUGGAGACUUCAUGUUUAACGACAGCUUUCAAUUUUACAAAAACUACAAAAUAGCACGAAAUCGUAUUAUGGCUGAAAUACUUGAUUUCAUUGAAGCGCUGCCCCCCGUUGAUUCGCCAGAAGCACUGGGUCUCCAUCCUAAUGCUGACAUUACUUACCAGACCAAUACUGCAAAACAAGUUCUCGAUACCAUCAUUAGUAUUCAACCUAAAGAUUCAUCGGGCGGUGGGGGAGAAACGAGAGAAACCGUCGUGUACAGGCUAGCAGAAGAAAUGCUUGGCAAACUUCCUGCUGAUUACAUUCCGUGGGAUGUGAAAGCGCAACUGAAAAAAAUGGGCCAUCUCCAACCACUGAACAUAUUUUUACGUCAAGAAAUAGACAGGAUGCAAAAGAUUAUAACUAUUGUGAGGAAUACAUUAAUAGAUUUAAAGCUUGCAGUUGAAGGAACCAUUAUAAUGAGCGAGACACUGCGUGAUGCCCUGGACAAUUUGUUUGACGCCAGAGUACCAAAACGAUGGAUCAAGUUCUCGUGGCAAAGCUCUACUAUAGGAUUUUGGUUCACUGAACUGCUUGAGAGAAAUAGCCAGUUUUCAACAUGGAUUUUCACUGGACGACCAAAUUUGUUUUGGAUGACAGGCUUUUUUAACCCUCAAGGCUUUUUGACUGCUAUGAGGCAAGAAGUGACGAGGGCUCACAAAGGUUGGGCACUCGAUACAGUAACAUUGCACAAUGAUGUCACCAGAUUUUUUAAGGAAGACAUAAACACAAGCCCUGCAGAGGGUGUUUACGUUUUCGGUCUCUACUUAGACGGAGCUGGAUGGGAUAGGAGAUCUGUUCGUUUAUGCGAAUCACAACAAAAAGUUCUUUUUGUCUCUCUCCCAGUAAUACACAUUUACGCAAUAAAUUCCACUGCGCCUAAGGACCCGAAAUUAUACCAAUGCCCGGUGUACAAGAAACCUGGUCGAACCGAUCUAACAUUUAUUACAAUUCUUUUGAUGAGAACCUCUCAAAGUCCUGACCAUUGGAUACUUCGUGGAGUUGCAGCAUUGUGUGAUAUUAAAUAAUAUAACUUGACCAAAGAAAGAAAAAAAACACCAAUCGUGUCGAAAAGCUCCAUCUAACAGCGCAAAUGUUAUGUCUUUAACUGUGACAACGUUUAAAGCUGUGUUCAGUCAGUUUGAUUUUAAUUUUCCUAGAAAAAAAAGUAAAUAUUUUUAUAGAAUUUAUACACUAGACAGUAUCAAUAUCUUAUUUCUAAGCAAAACUGCAUUUAUACAUGUUUUUAAAUUCAUUUUAGUGAGUAUUGCAACUGGAAACAAAUUACAAAGUAUGUCACUAAGAUGUAUGCCUAUAUUUAAAUACAGAUGAUAAUUAAUGUCUGUCAAUCUGUUCACGUAUCAAUGUAAUAAUAAAUAAUC